CGUGUCUGCUGCCCCGCCUGGCCCUAGUGGGCAUGCGCGCAGCCGCCCGGUCUCAUGACUCUCCCGGUGCGCGUCAGCUGAGGGCCGCGCCUGCGCAGUGCGCGCGCUGGCGGCCGGGGUGCUGCGCGGUGUGGGCCGUUCACUGGCGGCGGUUGGGCUCCGGCGCGCGCCGCCGGCAACGGUCGUUUCCCCGCGCUGAGUUCUUCGGAGACCUGAACGAUGUCUGGCUUUCUCGAGAGCUUGAGAUGCUCGGAGUGUGUUGACUGGGGAGAAAAACGGAACACGAUCGCUUCUAUUGCUGCAGGAGUGCUAUUUUUUACAGGUUGGUGGAUAAUCAUAGAUGCAGCUGUAAAAUACCCUGAAGCAGAAGAAUUCAACCAUUCGUACCAUGCUUGUGGGGUUAUAGCCACUAUUGCAUUCCUAAUGAUCAAUGCAGUGUCUAAUGGACAAGUUCGGGGUGACAGUUACAGUGAAGGCUGUCUAGGACAAACAGGUGCUCGGAUUUGGCUGUUCAUUGGUUUUAUGAUGGCUUUUGGAUCUCUGAUUGCUUCCAUGUGGAUCCUUUUUGGAGGCUAUGUUGUCAAAGAAAAAGCAGUAGUAUACCCAGGAAUAGCUGUGUUUUUCCAGAAUGCAUUCAUCUUUUUUGGAGGACUGGUCUUCAAAUUUGGUCGCACGGAAGAUUUGUGGCAAUGAACACACCUAUGGAAGUGCAUUGGCCAUGUCAUUUUUUUAACUGCACACUCCCAAAAUUUUGUAAAACCAUUUUGUAAACAGUAACCUUCAAUUGUGUCUAAAGAUAAAAAAGGAAAAUUUAAAUCACAGCACUAAAAAUUCUGGUUCUAUUCUGUUUAAAAUACUUUUUUUACUCUUGUAUCUUGAUUUAAAUGUUGUAAUGUUUUUGACGAAUGUAAAAUUGAUACAAGUAACAAUGGAAGUCACUUUUAUGAUAAUGAAGUUUCCUACAAGUAAAUAGUAUAGUGGAGAAAGGAUGUACUUAACCAACUAUUUCUAUGAUGUUAUUUACAAUCCAAAACUGUUACUAAAUGCUUUAAAACAACUUUUUAAACAUGUAUUUAUUAAAUAUUUCCUAUAUCUGGACACUAAGCAUUUCUUCAAUUUCAAAAUUUACUUGUGUGUGGCUUUUCUUGCAUAACAUAAAAUUAUGCUGCUUUUGGCUUUUUUCCCCAAAAAUAAUUUCUUUGGCCUAUGGUGAUAUUGCAGAAGCCUCAGGAAAGUAACAACUUUCUAUUGCUGUGGAUGACAGCGUGGAGGCACAGACAUGAACUAUGUACCUGCUCUAGAUUUAAGUAGCCGCUUCACAACAUUUGUUGUGUUGUAAACUCUAAUUUAACCACUGUAAAAUAAGGGAAUAGUACUCUUCAGAUGAUAGUUAGAGCAGGGACAGUCACUAUCAGGGAGAAUUUUGAUUCUGUAGCUCUUCUUGUAUCCCAUGGUUGUAGUGAAUAUGCUGUCUACCUCUUCCUACACAUACAUUUGGGCUAAUUGCUCAAGGAAGUGCUGAUGAAAGAGAUGUGACAGAGUGGAGGAAAGAGAGGGAAUAAAAUUGUAGCAGUAGUGCUUUAGGGAAUAGUAACCAUCAGAAGCAAUUUGUGUUACAGAAGUUGUGUUCAUUUGGUUACUGGAAAGCAAGAAAUUGAAGCACACAAGUUGAACCCAGAUUAGAAUAUUACAAAGUAGCGUGUUAACUGUGAGAUAGUGCAAACAUAUAAAUGUGUAUACAGAGUGAACGUCACGGUAUCAGCUGUUGACAAAAUUGCAGAUCACUCGCUGUUUUGUGACCUGGAACUAUGGCAUCUCCUCUGCAGGAAACUUUUCAUUACAGUUAAUGGAAGUGUGAGAAGGGUUGCAAGCAGUGAUCUACUUUUAAUCCCUAAUGAAUGAAUCGAGGUCAUCGUGCAUUACUGUAGUAAGCAUCAAAGUAUUUAUCCUUUAUCUUCAAUAUUACAUGUUUCUUGUAACUUCAUUUUUAAACAAAUGUGCUGAAUAAAUAAAAACAAUCAAAUCUUGA